AUGGGUUCACAGUUCGCUGCCCCGUCGGGCUGGAAGCAGCUUGAUGUCGCUGUUAUCGGUGGUGGUAUUGGAGGUCUGUCCACGGCCAUUGCCCUUCGCCGAUCUGGACACAAGGUCACCAUCUACGAGCGCGCAGACUUUGCCGGUGAGAAGGGAGCCUCUGUAUCAUGCGCUGCCAACGGCACCAGAUGGUUGGAGGAGUGGGGAGUCGAUGUUCAGAAGGGAGAUCCCGUGCAUCUCAAGAAGCUCAUCAGCCGUGACUGGUACACUGGUGAGCCCUACAGUGUCUACGAUCUGGAGGACUACCAUGUGCGCUGGGGAUACGUCUACUGGAUGUUUCACCGUCAGUACAUGCACGCUAUGCUGAAGGACACUGCGCUCCAGGAGGAGGGUGAGGGUAUCCCUGCCAAGAUGAUUGUUAACCACAAGUGCAAGGACAUUGACUUGGAGAAGGGCACGGUGGAGUUUGACAACGGCGUAACAGUGACACACGACCUCAUUGUCGGUGCCGACGGUAUCGGCUCUGCAGUUCGUGGUAUUGUCGGUAUUCACCCAGAGAAGCGCCCUGCACCCUCCAGCUGUCUGCACGCAAACGUCAUGACCGAGGAUGCCGUCCGUCUGGGUCUUACCGACUACUCUGCAGACAACGCCCUCGAGUACUGGGGUGGCCAGGAGGGCAAGUUUGACAAGAUCGUGCUCAGCCCUUGCAACGGCGGCAAGCUGCUGUCGUACUACUGCUUCUUCCCCCGUGAGAAGGGUGACUACACAUCGCAGGCCUGGGGUGCCGAGGACCUGCCGGUCGAGGACCUGCUCGCCCCCUACCCCGAGCUCGACAAGCGCGUCCGUGACCACCUUGCCAUCGGUAUUGAGGUGCAGCCCUGGCGUCUCUGGGUCCACGACCCCUACCCUUUCAUGAACAAGAAGCGCGUCGCCAUCCUUGGUGACGCCGCCCACCCCAUGAUGCCUCACCAGAGCCAGGGCGCCUGCAUGGCCAUUGAGGAUGCUGCUGCCUUGGGUAUCGUCUUCAGCAAGAAGUACUUCAACGGCGACGUCGAGGCAGCUCUGCAGGUCUACUCGGACGUGCGCCUGCCGCGCGCCUCCAAGGUCCAGGCUGCCGCUGCCAAGGCCGCCUACAACAUCAACGAGCGUAUCGGUUUCUCCAGCAACACCGACGUCGAGGGUUACAAUGUCGAGGACGAGAGCGCCAAGCUCACUAUCGAGGAGAUGAACGGCUACGACAUGUACCGCGACGUUGAGGAGAAGAUUGCCAAGCGCGACGGUGCGCAGGUUAACCCAAAGUUCAUCACUGGUCUCCCCGUCGGCCUGAAGCUGUCGAAUGGUGUUACAAUUGGUCAAUAA